CAACGAUAUCUCAUCAAAGCAGCGGAUUGACGUCACGGGAAUGGUGUGUGUACAAAUAUUGGAAUUGAUAUGGGUGUACUUCUAUACAGCAAAUCAAGAAUAAAGCAAAUCAACAUGGCCAUAAAAAUGGUUGAAAUGGUUGGUUGAUAGUGCUUCAGAACAAUUUCUAUUGUCCAGAAUGAGAACAUAUUCUGUUAACAAACAUCUCCACAAGAAAAUCAAGAAUCAAGCAAACCAACAAGGACAUUAAAAUUGUUGGUUAAUAGUGCUUGAGAACAAUUUCCAUUCUCCAGAAAGAUAAACUAUUGAUAUCAGUCUAAAUGAGAAUAUCGUUGGGUCUCAAGCCCGGAUAAAAGAGGAGGCCAGAGUUGCAGUAGAUUGGCAAUCAACGUAAAACUUUGUCAAGCAAUAUGCACAUGAGUAUAAAUGAGAAUAUCGUUGGGGCAUCCAUCCUAUACACAUAUGGUGGACUCCCGUUGAUGUUCUCAUAAACUCAUGUAGACGAUCUCUAACUUUUUGGAUAAAGACUUUGAUGAUGAUGAUGACAAAUAUCAAUAUCAUGAGAAGAACAUGUUCUCAAAUCCUAAACUUACUUCAGUGAGAAGUGAACACUCUUUUAAAGGAAAGUAGAGCAUCCUAACCUUGUCAUAUAUUCCUGAACUGAUUAAUCCCACUAGUAAAAAAGUGGUUCUCAAAGACUUGGGGGUGGAAUUGAUCCUCCACUACUAUUUCAUAGACACCUGAUGUUGUCUGACCCCCGGAACCGACCUUUUUUUUUUCUUCUCCACCCCUACCUCUCCUAAAACCCUAUAUUUAAACUUACUUCAGGGAGAAGUGAACACUCUUCAGUUAAGCUAUCUAGACAUGAAGACCUAUGCAUCAUGUGUGGCAAUGGUGGUUGUUCAAAUAGGUGCUGGUGGAUCAAUCAUUCUUAACAAAAUUGCUUUUGAAAAGGGACUCAAUCAACUUGUUCUUAUAGUCUACAGGCAUGUAAUUGCCACACUAUUAUUAGGCCUCUUGGCUUAUGUACUUGAAAGGAAGAAGCGACCGGCUCUGUCAAUUUCCGCGACGAUGAAGAUUUUUGUUCUGGCAUCACUUGGGACAACAAUCUAUCUUAAUGUUUACUAUGCUGGAUUAAUAUAUUCUUCUGCAACUGUUGCCAGUGCCUUGAGUAAUGUUAUCCCUUGCUCGACAUUUAUCAUGGCAGUUCUUCUCAGGAUGGAGAAAGUAAAUAUUACGAGCGCAAGCGGACGAGCCAAGGUGUUGGGUACAGUCAUUUGCGUCGCGGGUUCACUUAUCUUUACCUUCUGGAAAGGAGGAUUCCUGUUGAAAGGGUUUGAGUCUAGGCCACUAAUAAACUUGUAUAGCUCCAACAAGCAUUCUAAGGAAAACUGGAUAUUGGGUUCUGCACUAAUCCUGGCUAGUUGCAUAUCAUGGAGUGGGUGGUUAAUUAUGCAGGCUGUGGUCUACAAAGCUUAUCCAGCUCGUUUAUCAUUGAACACUUUGAUUUGCUUCUUUGCCUCAUUGCAAUCUGGUUUCCUUGCCUUGUUUUUUGGAAGGAAUCCUUCCUUAUGGAGGCUGGAGUGGAAUGUGCAGCUCCUGACCAUCAUAUACAACGGAGUAGUGAUCUCAUCCUUCAUAUACUAUCUCCAAACAUGGUGUAUCAGUAAGGAGGGACCAGUCUUUGCAGCAAUGUUCACUCCAUUAGCCCUUAUUUUCGUCGGAUUGUUCUCAAUGAUUGCAUUUGCAGAGCAGCUUCAUGUGAGCAGGUAA